AUGAAUGGAAUGCAGGCAAAUCCAUCAAAAUGCAAAGUCAUCACUUACACCCGAAAGCAUGAACCGAUACGGUUUGAGUACUCGAUGGACUCUGCGAUGCUGCAGAGAGUUAACUCCAUUAAGGACCUUGGAAUAACUCUAGAUAGCAAACUGAAGUUUAAUGAGCACAUUUCCAAGACCAUUGCGAAGGCCAAUUCAAUGCUUGGCUUCUUGCGCCGCAAUACCGCUGAUUUCGAUGACAUCUACGCCCUAAAAGCAUUGUAUUGCUCGCUGGUUCGCAGCGGCCUUGAAUAUGGAGUUCAAAUCUGGGCCCCGUAUCGCGGUGUUCACGAACUGCGAAUCGAAAAUGUUCAGAAACG